AUGUCAAAGGCAUUGGAGACUCAGCUGGCUCAGCCAUAUCCUGGACCUCCACUGCCUAGUUCGUCACACAUUCGCCUCGUCCACCUGCGGCCCGGGACUGAUGCAGCUGUUUGCUGUGAGCUAAUAACAGUUUCUAUCAACGACGCACCAAAAUAUGAAGCUUUAUCGUACACGUGGGGUGAUGCUUCCAGUGCAGAGAGGAUCGACAUGACCACCCAAGACUCCGCGACUCCGCAACAAUUCUCGGUUACUUCCAACUGCUUCUCGGCCUUAAAACGCCUUCGAUAUAAAGAUAAGACUAGGGUUCUUUGGAUUGACGCCCUAGCUAUCGAUCAAUCCAAUACUGAAGAGAGAAAUCACCAAGUCAGCCUCAUGUCAAGGAUAUACUCUCAAGCCGCAGGCGUGAUCAUUUAUCUCGGCGGAUCUUCGGACGAUAGCGACUUGGCCAUCGAAUUCAUAAUGGAGUGCUAUGAUCCAUCUCCCGAUAAUUCCUCUUUAAGCUUCCCAAGGUCCGAUACCUUAAUGGACGCACUCCGCAAUUUCUUCCUUCGGCCUUGGUUUACCAGGGUGUGGGUGAUUCAAGAAGUCUUUCUAUCAUCAGAGAAGACCGUGUACUGCGGAGAAAAAAAGAUUCCAUGGCCUGCAAUGGAGAACUUCAAGCAUUAUCUCGUCAAUACGAGACUGCAGUUUCGACUGCCAUACGUGGUCUCAAAAGCUAUCAAAUCUCUUACAGUAGAGAACGCCGAAAGAUUCAUAUUCCAUGCUCUUCUUGAUUCACGACACUGCGAGGCAACUGACCCACGCGACAAGAUCUAUAGCCUACUCCCGAUCCUCCAGUCUUACAGCAAGUCACUUGACCUCAUACCAAGGUACCAAGAUACCCCAGCCAGAAUCUACACGGACUGUGCUCUGUCUAUACUACCAGCUUGCGGUUGGAGCCUCUUGUACGCUGUUCAAGGGAACUCGAGGACAGAGAAUCUGCCCUCUUGGGUGCCAGAUUGGAACGUACCGCCUCAGCGACAUAUCAUCGGCACAGAUGCGUUUCUGGGAAUAGGCGAGUUUUGGGUGGACGUGUUGCUCCCGGCCGUUCCUUUCAGACCACGGAUCGUGAUGCGCAGCGCGGGUGAAGAAGAAAUACCUGCUUUGUAUGGAUAUGGAUAUUCGUGUGGAAAGAUUGCGAAACUGGGGUCAACUUACAUCGCGGGCCAAACACCAUUUCCAGUCGAGGAGUGGUAUAGUCUCGUCGCCAAGAUUGAUCUAUCAACACGCCCUGGAACCAAUUCAGCAGACGUCAAGUUUCCUCAUCGCACAGAAUUCUUCUUCAGGUUUCUCGUACUUGCUCGUUAUCUAUACGGGUCAACCAUGAAAGAAGAAGAAGAAGACGAUGGCGUUCCGAAACCAGAUUUUAUCAUUGGAGGCUCUUGCGAAGCCUAUGAGGAGUACAAAUUUGGUUUUAAAUGGGAAGAGCGAAUACGAAAGUUGGCUCUUGAGAGGAAAGAUGGUGUGCUGCCGUUCAGGGAUAUCCCUUUUCAUUAUGCAGCGAAGGGUUGGCCAUCAAGUUAUGGGAAUACGAUACGUGGGAAUCUGGAGGCUUGUCAUUUGCGGCGGUGCUUUGUUACUGAUACAGGAUAUUUCGGACUUGCGCCGGCGGAAGCAGAGAUUGGAGAUCACUUGUUCAUCUGUGUUGGGGCUUCGGUUCCUUUCGUUUUGAGAGAGAUUAACGACAGUGGAGGCGAUGAGUUUCACUUGGUAGGUGAGAGUUAUCUACAAGUGGGCGGAUGGUAUGGAAUGAUCACCAACGAGAGUCAACCUCAGCCUUUGUACAUCAUAUAA